AUGACUUGGUGGGAUGAGCUUGAUCUGAGCCUCCGGAGGCAGAUCACGGAUGAAGGUCUAAGCGAUAUGCCGGUCGAGUUCUGGACGAAAGCCUUCUUUGUGCUAGUGCCGGGGUGGCAGGACGGCUCCACGGUUGUGCCGAGCAUGGCCAAGACGGUGCUCUUGAACUAUGUCAUCGGUGGUUAUGCUCGAGAUCUUGCUAAGUCGUAUCGCACAGGAUCCCUCACUGAGGGCUCGUCGGCAGUGCUGCCUGGUCGCUUCGUCUUCACUCUGCAAAUCUGCAGCAGCCCUGGAUCCAGCGCAGUGCAGCUUCACAGGCCUGAACUUACCGGUGUUCCGUCGUACGAAAGCGCCUCGCUGAACUUUAACACCUUGGACAAGAACAACCGGCAGCUCAAGCGAAUCUUGCUUGAGUCGUGGUACCCUGACCGUGUUCACGAGUUGCUCAGUGACAACGAAGAGGAUGCAGCUGGAGAUCCCGUACUAGACGAGGAGGAGUACGAGCCGGGCUCCCCGAAUGGUGGUGAUCUAGGGGAGGAUGUUGUGCCUUUCAUAAACGGUCGACUAGACAAUCAAGAUGAGGACGAAGAGCUUGAGGUUUCGGGGCACUCGAAUGAAGAUUCCAAUUCGGGCCAUGCAAAGCAACCUACAGCAGAGGUAGUCCGCACAGGCAAUGCAGGGGCUGCUGAGAAUGAGGAUUCCAGCGCAAAGCAACCUACAGCAGAGGUCGUGCACACAGGCAACGCAAGGGCUGCUGAGAAUGAGGAUUCCACUGCAAAGCAACCUACAGCAGAGGUCCCUGGGCACCCAGGCAACGCAAGGGCUGAGAAUCAGGAUUCCAGUGCAAAGCAACCUACAGCAGAGGUCUGUGUGCACCCAGGCAAUGCAAGGGCUGAGAAUCAGGAUUCCAGUGCAAAGCAACCUGCAGGGCACAUGUCUGACAACGGUGCUGUCCUGGCAUCGGUGGCUGAAGCAUCUGCGCAACCUGAGUUGUUGAUUGUUUCGGACGAUGAGGAGGUCCCUAGGAAGCAACAGAAGGAGGAGCUCAAGACCACCUUCCGCCGUGGUGGUCCCGCUCACGAUGAUCCCAGUCGCGUGGAGACCCAAACUUUCGAUUUGGAGGCAGCGGUUCAGAGCUGGCAGGAGGUCCGGAAGGAGGUGGAUCCAGAGCCGGUGGACCUGCAAGCAGUCGUGGCUUCGGAAGCUUCCGGGAAAUCUGAUGUUUUGCAACCAAAGAGGUUAGCUGAACUUGAGGAUGCAAAGGAGUCCGAAGUUUUAAAGUCACGUGGUGUUGACCUUGCUAGGGCACAAAGCUUCGCUGAACGUGCGCAGAGCUACGACGUGCAGGCAGCCGCCGACGAAGUUCUGACAAAGGAAAAGCAGGAUGCUAUGUUGACAGUAGCCAAAGCCCAGGAGGAUGAGAAACCGGGUCACGGCCGGGGAGGUCGUGGAAGGGGGGGCAGAGGAAGGGGUGGAAGAGGACGUGGCAAAACGGGCGACACGUCAAGUGGGGAUGGGCCAAAGCCGUCCGAAACCCCGGAUGAACGAGAGAAGCCCGACCAACCCGUGCGCAAAUCCAAGAACGUUGCACCCGAAGCAGCCGAGCCAACCGAAGCCAAGCCAUCCAAGCCAAAGAGGACCAAGGGUGCUCCGGAACUUGCCCACCAGCCCUCCAAGGCCAAAGGGAGCAAGGAUGCAAAGGAGAAUGGAUCGGAAGCCGAGGCGAGCGAAGCCCAGCCCGCCAAGGCCAAACCCACGAGGACCAAGGCUGCAAAGAUGCAAGCAUCGAAAGCUGCUGUGUCGGAUGAAGUCCAGCCACCCGAAACUAGGACCAAGGCUGCGCAGGACAAUGCACUGGAAGCCGCUGUGGCGGCCGAAGGGCCCGAGAAGAGGGGCAAGCGUGCAAAGACAUCGCAACCCGAUGCGGGGACCGAAGCCCAGCCCACCAAGAGGACCAAGGCUGCAAAGGACCAUGCUUCGGAGGCCCCUGUGGAGAGUGUGCCGGAAGCCGACCCCCCCAAUUCCAAGAGGCAACAGAAGGCAUUGGGAUCAGAACCGAAAAGGUCCAGGAAGAACGAUGCCGAGGAGCCGAACAAGAGCAUUCGGGGCACUGUGGCUGCCACGGACUGCAAGAAAGCUGCACGCAAGGCUAUCCGAGAUGGAUUGGACAUGCCUGGGUAUUGCUUUGUCGACAUCGAUUUCUAUUGGAGUCGCAAUGCUAUGGGAGUGAAGCUUCGCAACUGCUGGAGCAUCGAAGUUCUCUACUUGUGCUACAAGGAUGUGCCCGAGCACACUGCGAUGAUAACGAUCUGGAAGUUCGUGAAGCGAGCUGAUCUGGUGGAGAAGGCAAAGGCCAACAUGACGCCAGCACUUCAAGCAAAGCUGGAAGGGAUCAAGGACCAGUUUGCCAACAGGGCUGAGGUCAACACGAUGCCGCUCCUCAUGCACGCGGUCAAGUUCGGCCACACCAGAGGAGAAGGUUUUCAGCCAAUCAUUUUGGAUGAUGCAUUUCGGGUCUCCGUCUCCGAAAAGGAUUCAGUAGCCUUUUACAAACCUCCGGAUUGUGCUAGGGUGUACACCAUGGCAAAACGACUUCGGAGCUUGGGUUCAUGUCUCUGGGAGACCGACGAAGUGGUCACCUUCGAGGAAUGGCGUGCCUCGCAGCCGGCUGUUUGUUGCUGUGGCAAGGAUUUGCAGAUAAGGACCCUCCAAGACGAGAUUGAAAAUCUACGUGCCCUAGCCCAAGACCUGCAUGUCCGACUGAAAGUGGCAUCCCUUCCUACAGUGCCUGCAAAUGAGCUCACAGUGAAGAAGCCAGCCCUUUCCAGAAAACAACAGCAUGACUCAUGGCACUGGCUUUCCUUGCUGCCUCAGACGAUUACAGAAUUGCCUAGAAUGCAGUCUGAUGUAAUCCCAUCUCUUCAAAGCACGACCUUUGCCGAGAACCGUGUGGUCUUCGAGCUAUGUGGAGCGACGGUACCCUCUGCUAUCUUGGACCACUGCGAGAUCACCAUAAACUCCGUAUUUGCCAAAUACCCUGCUCUAUACAAGAUAGGCAUCACUCGCAACCCAGUCGAACGCUGGCAGAUUGGAUAUGCCAAAGAGACCCAUGCCUGGUCAGAAAUGAAGGUCCUGGUAGCUGUCGGUGAUCCAGUUGCCAUAGGUGCUGGGCCCUAUUUUGCAUAUGUUGUGUACCGUUGCCUUGUUCCACCUAAGAGUGCUUUGGCCAAAAGGCACCUUUUAUCGAAGGCAUUCAGCACGGCCACUUUGCAGGAAGCGCUUUCCUCGGUGGACCGGCAGCAGGUCAAGGAGGAGCAGCUUGAUGCUGGUAUCAAGGCCCUCGAGGCUGAACUCUUACGCGAGGAGAUGAAUGCAAAGCGUGGUACGAGGUGCACGCCAGUGGCUGGGGCCACUCCUUCACCUCAGCAGGCGACGCUUAAAAAGCAUAGGGGAGAGGUGGAGCCGGUGGAGCCCGAGGACUCGGACUGUGUGUUGUUGGAGAAUGACCAAGUGCUGUUCACGGCCCUCAAGGAUCAGCUUGGCAGCCCCUCCCCAGGCCCAUGUACAAUGGCCCCCAUCCCAGAGGAUCCCUAUCUCAUGGAUGUCUCACCUGCAAAGCCGAAGCACCUAUUCCUUAGUCCUUACAAGCCUCCGUCGACUCCAUCGAAGACUCCCUCGAAGACUCCCUCGACAAAGACUCCGUAUGAUCCUGUCGCAGAUGCUGAAACCCAGCCCGGCAAGACCCCUCAGCGAACCAUCAAUUUCAUGGACACUCUGGUCAUGGAGUCCCAAGGCUCUCCCUGCCCACCGACUGUGAUGGACCCCCAUGGGAACAAUGAGGUUGCAUCGCCUCCAGUUGCGAAUCCUGGGCUGGUUGCUGCUGCAGAUCCUUCGAAGGGUUCGGGUACGUCGUCAGGUUCCAAGGUGGACUCAGACGAGACCCCAGGUGUAGCAUCGCUCGAGAAGCAGUUUGGGGCCCUGGGGUUGAGCAUGGACUCAAAGCAGGCUGCAGUGGUAGCCGCUGCAGAAAUCGCAAAGGGCAAUGGAAGCACUGGUGGUUCUGCCGAACCUUCUAAGGAUGCUGAAAUUGCCAAGCUGAAGCAGAUGCUUUUCAUGAUGAGUGCCAAGCUUCAUGCUGAGAACGACCCCCAAACUCAGCUAGCACGUGAGGCUGAACGGGAGGCUACGCGUGAAGCUGUUCGUGCAGCUGCUCGUGAAGCUGCGCAGGAAGCCUUGCAGUCUGCUACGUGCCAGGCUGCCGCCAAGGAGCCAAGCGAGGGUGCCGAGGAGGUGGUGGGCCUUCAAGCGGCGAGGCAGAGACUGCGACGAAUGUGUGCCCCACGAAGCAGUGGCGCUCUUGUUGUACCGAAAGAGGUGCAUGAAAAGUACACAGCAGGAGGCAGCCAACGUGAGCAGCUUCUCAAGCUGCUUAUCAAAAACGACUUCAACAAGGAUUCUCACGAUCCAUACGAGCUGCUAUGCUCGAGUAUGCUUACUGACAGCUUCGUGAAGGAGGUUGUUGUGUUGACUGAGAGGGAGAAGGCAGUCUCCCUGGAGAUAUCCGGGGACUACUUCACGGAGCAAGAAUUGAGGGACAUGAAAGCCGACACGUACAACCGCAAGAAGCCGUUCAAGUAUUGGUACGAGACCAAAUGCACAGCAUCCAUGAAGCAGUCCCAGCUUCUACGCCAGUCUGAGACCGUGGCUUACGAGCAGGAGAUGGCCAUCGAUGGCGAUGAGGUGACCAUGGGCAGGGAUGUUGCCUUCGAUCUUUCGGGAUUCGAUGCUACCAUUGGUGACCACCAGCUUGUUGGUGGAGGAGCUCCGAGCGCCGAGGAUGAUCUUGGGCUGCCUUCGCUCGAAGGCAAGCGCCCGCAGGAUGUUGCCGAUGUCUACAGGAAGGCUAUCCAGACCCGCUCCCUCAAGGUCGCCAAUGCUUUGGGGUCUUUGGAAGCCCAUCCCGAAGACACUCGCCCUCCCGCCGUGGCUUCGUGCACUGCCUUGUUUGCAGAAUAG